CAGCAGCGGCAACGGUGGCGGCGGGGCGGAGCCGUUGCCGAGCUGAGGCGGCAGCGCGGAAGGAGCCGGAGAUGGUGGCCGCGGCCGGGGGCCUGCAGCUCCGCUUCGCCUCGCUCUUGGCCGCGGCGCUGCUGGCGCUGCUGGCUCUGCAGCCGCCACCUGGCAGCGUGGCCGGGGCCAGCCUGGCCGAGAACGUGGUCUGGGCCGUCAACGCGGGCGGGGAGGCCCAUGUGGACGUCCACGGCAUCCACUUCCGGAAGGACCCCCUGGAGGGACGGGUGGGACGAGCUUCCGAUUAUGGUAUGAAAUUGCCCAUCUUGCGCUCCAACCCUGAGGAUCAAAUUCUCUACCAGACGGAACGUUACAAUGAGGAAACCUUUGGCUACGAGGUCCCGAUCAAGGAAGAGGGCGACUAUGUCCUGGUGCUGAAGUUCGCUGAAGUCUAUUUUGCACAGUCGCAGCAGAAGGUUUUUGAUGUGCGUCUAAACGGCCACAUGGUGGUGAAGGACUUGGACAUCUUUGACAGAGUGGGACACAGCACUGCUCACGAUGAGAUUAUUCCCAUCAGCAUAAAGAAGGGGAAGCUGAGUGUGCAGGGAGAAGUUUCUACCUUCACAGGAAAGCUUAACAUUGAGUUUGUCAAGGGGUACUAUGAUAAUCCAAAAAUCUGUGCACUGUAUGUCCUCGCAGGAACAAUGGAUGAUGUUCCAAAGCUUCAGCCUCACCCAGGCCUGGAGAAGAAAGAGGAGGAGGAAGAUGAAGAGGAGUACGAAGACGGGUCUAGCCCUAAAAAGCAGGCCAAUAAGAACCGGGUCCAGUCAGGCCCCCGCACACCCAAUCCCUAUGCCUCGGACAACAGCAGCCUCAUGUUCCCGAUCCUAGUGGCCUUUGGCGUCUUCAUUCCAACCCUCUUCUGCCUUUGCAGGUUGUGAAAAAGACAGCAAGCACAGUUGGUCUGCAAGCCAGGGCGGAGGAGUUGGGCCGGAUGUGGAGUUGGUCCCAGCUUCUCCAUAUUUAAGGAAAACAAUGGCUUUUUAAGGAGCAGCAGGUACAAUAAAGGGAGAGUUUGCAUCCCCCUCAGCAGAACUUUGGGUCUUGGCCAGCUGUGGGCCAGCAGCAGCAGCAGGCACCUUUCCUGGCCAGAAGGUCUUAAAGCAGAACCUGGAUCUUUGGGGCAGCGAAUCCUGCAACGAGCAAGAUGGAGUCCAAAGGGGCGGGAGGAAAGGCACACGAUCCAAAGGGUUGGCUGGAAAGAAAAGCGGCCCCUGAGCAGCCUUGCUGGAAGGAUCCACGGGUGUGGAGGUGGGGGUUAGGUAGACAUCCCCUAGGACAUUUGUAGCUCAACACAUGGUACUUAUUUCCUCCUUGACGGAUUGAUGUUUGGUCAACAUGCUUUUGGUUAUGGGACAGGUUGAGUAGGUAAUCAAGGUCACCUGUUCUGCCAGGCAUUCUGAGAAGAUUUUACAUUCAGGCAAGUGCUUUCCCUGGUCAGGACAAUUCUGGCAAGUCUUGAGUUGUCUGAUUUAGAGAAUUCCCUCUCACCACCACCCCUGGUGUAACUUCAAUCUAGUUUCUCUGCCCCAUCCCAUCCUCCCAACUGCUGUGAUUCCACUCUUAGCUCCUCUUCCCAUUCCAUGUUAACGUGGCA